CCGGAUGUUGAAGUGUCCGCGUUGUUAGCUUGAGACGUUUCUCAAACAACUUUAGCGUUAGCAACAUCAAAAUCGGUUUUUGUGGUUCUAAGUUGACCGAAAUUUGACCAUACAUGGGGAGAUAUAAGUGUGCCUACAACUGCGACACCUCGAGCGAUCCAGACGUAAAGUUUUUUAAGUUUCCCCUGUACAACCCCCGAAAACUUAAAAAAUGGGUACUGAACAUGAAGUGGAAGGACUGGACGCCGACUCGCUUUUCUGUUCUGUGCAUCAAUCACUUCGAGGAGCAGUACAUUGACAAAACGGGCAAAAGUGUGACACUUCGGGAAGAUGCGGUUCCCACCAUAUUUACACCGACUGACAACACACAGAAAAAGAAGGCUGCCAUUAACCCGAGACGUAAACGACACAAGCAACCUGGUGCUAAAAGCUCAGAGAAGAAUUUGGCUGCAUCUGCAACAUCAGCUCUCCCUGCAACAGAGGACCGCGUCCGGAGCAAAGAACCCAGCCAGACAGAACAAGAGACCUCUGGAGAUCCCAAAAAGUCAGACAAAUGGAGGAUUAUAAUUGAUGAAGCGCUGAUGAAGAUCGAUUCAUUUCCACACUUUUUUCAUGGCGAUUACUGUGUACCACAGAGUAUCCACUGGGCUCCAGAUAAUAAUUUCAGUCCUGAGGAUAAAGACAAUGAAAACAUUAUAGAGGUGAAGGAGCCAUGGGAGUGGCUUGCUCUGGAUGUCCGUGGACCGCUGCCCCAAACAGUAAAUGGACACAAAUACAUUUUGACGGUGACCGACUUCUACUCCAAAUGGGUGGAAGCUGUGCCGAUGACAGCGUGCCUCCCUUCAGAUGUGGCAAAGCACGUCGUGGACAUCAUUGCCCACUUUGGAUAUCCACUGAGAAUCCUCUCCAGACUGCCUCUUGACAUAGUCCACAAAAUCAACCGUGAACUGAAAGAUCAGCUGAAGGUUGCUGUUGCUCUUCUGGUCUAUCAUCAGCAGACGGGCACCGCAGAUAUGAUCACACCACAGCUGAUAGACAGGAUGGUGAACGAUCUAAUAGAGGAACAUGCAGCUGACUGGGAUGUUUACCUGCCUGCCAAAGUGUUCAGUCUGUGCUUCAAAGAGCAUUCGGACACCAAGGAGAGGCCUUUCUCAGUGCUCUGCUGUAAGGGACUAGAGCCUGUUCAGUUCCCCAGAGAACUGGAUUUUCCACUUUCCAAGAUCCGAGAGAGUGCCUUUGUGGUUAGAUAGAAGUUUAUCCGUUUUAUUUUCAGGUCACUUGAAUUAGAAACAAACUGGAGCCGCUUUAGCAGCAAACCAGGGAAGAAGAAUGUGUUCGGUCCUGGAGGUAUUAGUUCUGGUGGAAACCCUGAUGAGUGGACCGGGAUGUUCUAGUACUGAGCUCUGUGGAGAGGAUUUGCUGAUGAAACUGCACAUUUCAACAGCAUUUUCCACUUUGUCUGUGAUACACUGAGAUGCUCCACCUAUUUUUCAUUCGCAAGUAUUUUUGGAUGUAGUAUUUUAAUUCAGUCUUUUGCUGUAGCACUGCAGCAAAAUGUCUUGCUUAAAAUAUAUAGCAGCAUGUCUGCAGUGUUGAGACUGGAACAAUCUAAAUGUAGGGAUAGGAAGGCGAGCCAGUUUUCUGAGCCAUAGGAGACUGAUCAGUAUAGCAUUAUUAUUUUUAUGACUUCAAACAGUUCAGCCACCUCCACUGGUAAGAUUUAAGCUGCUGAUUGUUGAUGUUUUCUGUUUGUAAAAAGGUAAAAGAUGCCAAUAAACUUUAUUUAAAUAUCAUUUUUAA